GCUCGCCAGACACGGAGAGAUCGAGAUGGGCAUGGGAAUGCAGUGCCGGUGCAUGACACUGCUCGUGCUCGUCGGCGUUGCUGCUCGAGCGGUUUCGGCCGUCACGGACGGCCUACUACCGAACGGUAACUUCAAGGACGGGCCAGCCAAGUCCCAGCUGAACGGCACGGUGGUGAUGGGGCGCCACUCCAUACCCAACUGGGAGAUCUCGGGGUUCGUCGAGUACAUCCAGUCGGGGCACCAGCAGGAUGGCAUGAUCGUGGCGGUGCCGGAGGGCGCCAGCGCCGUGCGCCUGGGCAACGACGCGUCCAUUCGGCAGAACAUCGGAGUCACGCGGCGGGCCUACUACUCCAUCACCUUCAGCGCGGCGCGCACCUGCGCUCAAGCCGAGAAGCUCAACGUGUCCGUCGCCGCGGAUUCCGGCGUGCUCCCCGUCCAGACCGUGUACAGCAGCGGCGGCUGGGAUUCCUACUCAUGGGCCUUCAGGGCCAAGCAUAGCGCCGUGUGGCUCACCAUCCACAACCCCGGCGUCGAGGAGGACCCGGCAUGCGGCCCCGUCAUUGACGCCAUCGCCAUCAAGACCCUCCAGCCUCCCACGAAAACCAAAGGCAAUAUGCUCAGGAAUGGCGACUUUGAGGACGGACCGUACAUCUUCCCGGACUGCCCGUGGGGGGUUCUGGUGCCGCCGAUGGACGAGGACAACUGCUCGCCGUUGCCGGGGUGGAUGAUCAUGUCGAGCACCAAGGUCGUCAAGUACGUGGACGCGCCGAGGUACAGGGUGCCGCACGGCGCGCGGGCCGUCGAGCUGGUGGCCGGAAGGGAGACGGCGCUGGUGCAGGAGGUGGCGACCGUGGCCGGGCGAUCGUACAGGCUGCAGUUCUACGUCGGGGACGCGGCCAACGGGUGCAAGGUGUCCAUGGUCGUGGAGGCCUUUGUGGCGGCGGCGAACCUGAAAGUGCAGUACCAGUCCCAGGGCACAGGCGGGUACAGGCGCGCCAUACUCGAUUUCGUGGCGGUGGGGAACCUCACGCGUGUGGUGUUCCAGAGCCUUCACCACCACAUGAAGGUCGACGGCACACUCUGCGGGCCGGUCGUGGAUGACAUGUCUCUCGUCAGCGUGCGCAAGCGCGCGGCUCGCCGACUGUUCAUGUGAACUCGAUUAGGCCGCGCUUGGAAUCGGUGUAAUUAAAUACAAACGUAUUUAUUUUACACGGGUAACUUACCGGCCAUUAGCAGAUUUCUAGUCGGAAACAAAACGAUGGACAGAGGUCUGUAUUUUUUUUCUAUAGAGGUAUCUGAGUAAAUAGG